AUGCUUCUCGCAGCGGUCGUUUUUGCGGCCUCUCAUACUUUUUCAUUUGCUGAGGUUUGGCGAUAAUUAUGAGACUUUAGGGCAUCUGUAGGGUUUCUUUGACUCAAAACACAUUAUCCGAAAAAAAAUUGGCGGGCAGAGAAGAAAAGUUGAUUUGAUUUCCGGACCGAUAAGGGUUAUGAUUUACAACAAUCCUACAGAAAACAAAUUAAUUUUCCUUUCUUUUUUGUUCUUGGCAACAUAGUGACAGUCAGGUUCGCUGUAGUUCAAAAUUGAAGCCAUGAAGAAGCCAAGCCAAAAUCAGGAAAAAACAAGGCAAAAACCCUUUCUAUUUGAAUUUUAAGCAAGCAAAUAUUCUGAACUUUUGAAAAGUCUGAAAACACCAGAGGUCAAGAAAUUUAUUUUACAGGCUUUAUCUCGCGUUCAAAUCGUGUUCCCUACACGACACAAAGAAUAUGUGAGUAAUUUUUUGAAGAUAAUUAUUUUUUCCUCAAAAAAAGGCGAUUACGGUUUAAAAUCUCUAUAAACCGUACAGUAACUUUCCAAACUUUCUGAUCAAUACGCAAUUUUUUAGUUGAAUUCAUAUUCCGCUUACCCCUCGAACUUCGAAAACUCUGUUGAGAAUUUUCGAACAUCUCCGAUACAAGAAUAUGAGGUUUCUUUUGAUUUUCCUGUAGAAAAGCGUUUAUCUUUUGCAGAAUUUUGAAACGAUCACUCCGCCGGAAACUCUUAUAGAAACGACAACAACGCAAAAACCGAAGCGCAAGAAAAAACUACGUCGAAAGUACAAGAAAAGAAUCAUACCUAAUCGAGGUAUUACAGGAAUAUUUAAAAAGCCCAAUUAUUUUUUCACAUUCAAAAGAUUUUCCAAUGAAUAUUCAAAUUCAAGUCCUAUAGUAGAGCUCAAAAAUUUUUUUGUUAAACAUUGUCUCAAAAAAGUUUCCGAAUCAUGUCUCCAAAGGCCUGGAACAAUUUUUGCGUGGUCAUUUUUUUGCAUUCAUAUCAAUCCUUUCAGUUCCAGUGGAAGUAAUUACGGAAAGUCCAAUCUUCAUGACUUCGAUCUCCUCGAAUACCGCUCCGGAAAGCACUAUAACGUUACCUGUGAGUGAAUGAUUUCAUUUUUAUGGCAUUUUUGAACACUUUAUUUUUACAAUUUUGCACUUUUUCACUUUUUGCAAAAUAUGAUAGAAAUCUCCUUUGAAUUCAGCCUCAGAAAUGGCAAUUUUCAAAAUGAAAAUCAAAAUGUUACUGUUGAAAGGGAAUUCUCUAUUUUUUUCAACAUGUAAUUUUAGCCAAUAUACGAUGAAGAGACUGGAAUCUCGUACUCCAGAGAGCAACUGGACAAGAUCUGCCUGCAGACGAAGCAGAUGAGCACGACUUUCGGAAUCCACGACAUCGACAGCUUCGCCAAAAACAACUGUUUCUUGAUCAGGAUCUAUUAUCCGGACGUUUCUUGCAACCAGAUCAAUACUUUGAUCGAAUAUUGCAGUUCAAACGGGCUUUUGAAUGCUUCAAAAGAUUUAUGA